AUGGUUCGCGUGUCAGUUUUCGCGGCCGCUUUUGCGGCUUGCGCUUCGUUUCGCGGCGCCACAGCCGUUGAGACGGCUGCCACGACUUCAGCCGUUGUCGCUAGCCUGCCCGGCUCCGAGAAGAUUGCCUGCUCGGUGCUGAGCAAGAAGUACCCCGCCCAGACAUUCUUCAACGGUUCCGAUGGAUAUACCUACGAGACACAGACACGGUAUUGGUCGGCCGCGGCCUACAACAGCCCGGCAUGCGUUUUCGUCCCUCAGAAUGCACAACAGGUCUCUUUCGCCGUCACGACUCUGACGUUGAGCUUGACCAAGUUCGCGGUCCGCAGCGGCGGACACAUGCCGGUCGUGGGCUACAACAGCAUUGGAUCCUCGGGCGUUCUGCUGUCGACCUCGAACCUCACUACGCUCGCCGUGUCUGAUGACAAGGCGACCGUUUCCGUGGGCGCCGGACACAGGUGGAGAGACGUGUACUCCUACCUCCAGCCCUACGGCCUGGCGGUGGUCGGGGGUCGCAUCGGCGGCGUCGGCGUCUCGGGCCUGCUUCUCGGCGGCGGCAUCUCGUUCUAUUCGAACCAGUACGGCUUCGCGGCCGACAACGUCGUGCGCUACCAGGCAGUCUUGGCCAGCGGUCUCGUCGUCGAAGCCACGGCGGCCAACGCGUACUCGGACCUGUACUGGGCUCUCAAGGGCGGCGGCAACUCCUUCGCCAUCGUCACCCGCUUCGACCUCAAGACCGUCAAGUCGCCCAAGGUCUGGGUCGGCAUCUCACAAUACGCCCAGAACGACAGCGCAAAGUACCUCGAUGCCGUGUACAACUUUGGCAAGUAUGGAUCCGCAGACGGCAAGGCGGCCAUCAUCCCGACGAUCCUGACCUAUCCGUCGUAUAACAUUACCGCGUACGCCGCGGCGAGGUUCUACGACUCCGAGACUGCGCUUGCCACGGCGUUUGAGAACUUCACCUCGCCUACCCUGACGCCUGUGGCCGAUUCCUAUGCGUUGCAGCCCCUCGCGGAAUUCCGCGUCUUGUCGCUGGUCGUCAACCGCGAGGCCGUCGACCUCGUCCACGACUCUUUCAUCGCGGCCGCCACGUCCAAGCUCUCACCCAUAAUUGGUCUGUCAGCGUCAAUCACCUUCCAGCCCAUCACCAAGGAGUUCAUCGAGCAGGGAAUCAGCCGCGGCGGACCCAACCCGCAGGGCGUGGACCCUGCCAAGGCGCCGUACUUCUGGGUCGUCGAGAACCUGUCCUGGCAAGAUGCCAAGGACGACGCAGCAGCGCGUAGUUUCGCAGAGACCGUUACUGCUGAUAUUGAAGCUGCUCUCGAGGCCAAGGGCGUGUCUGGUGGGUAUCUGUACCUGAACGACGCGGGCAAGGGCCAGCGCAUCUUCCAGACUUAUCCAGCUGCGAACCUCGCGAGACUCAAAGCCGUUCGAACAAAGUACGACCCACUAAGGAUUUAUACCAAUCUUCUUGUUGGCGGCUGGAAGGUCCUGGAUGCUUGA